AUGGUAUUAGCCCAGCCGUCUUCAGCUUCAAUUUCUGAUGUAAGGAUCGUACAGGAGACAUCAGCACCAGCCAUUGAUAAAGGCCUUUUCAAGCUGAUCUGUAAAGCAGAAGGCACUGUGAACUCAAGGCUCUGGCUCAAGGACAGCCAAUUCCUUUCCACCAGCGGCAGGCUAAUCUUUUCCAAGAACAAUGAGACUGUGUCUUUCUCUCCAGUGCUGCAGUCAGAUGAGGCUUCCUACCAGUGUGCCGCAUCUGACACAAACAGCAGUGUGACGAGUGCCAAGUACAGGCUAAAUAUUAAAUAUGGCCCACAACAAGUUACCAUCACUGGACCAGACUCUGUUGCCGUAGGCCAGUUGGUCACAUUCACAUGCUCUGCACUCUGUCACCCAGUAUGUGAGUAUAAGUGGUACCUCAAUGGAAGAGAGAAGGCCACGGGUGAAAGUUACAUCAUUGGACAAGCCAGGCCUGUUGAUGGAGGCAGGUACACAUGCAUGGCCAGCAACAAGAUGACCAGUCAGACAAGAGAGGCCAUUAAGAACCUCUCUGUAAUCGGAAAAGGAAACAGAACCCACAGAAAAACAGAGCAAAUCCAGUUGUCUCUGGUGAGAAUCUUGGCUUAUUGA